GAAAUUCCUACGAACGUACAGGUGAUCGCACAAUCGUCCUGUAUCACGGGAGAACCUCAGCUGUCAACCGUUUUUUGUCUCGCUUUUUAUAAAUAGUUUUUCUUUUUCGCCUUUGGCGGAAAGAAACGUAAAGUUUCCAUUUGUGACGACAAAGCCCAAAGCAAACAUCAAGGAAAUCAGCGGCGAAAUGUUGCUCUUACGGCCAUUUAGGACACUUCCUCCAGACGAGCCAUCCAUCAGCCAAGGAAAAACAGUGAAAAAAGUGAGCCGUAAAUUGUGUUGUCUUAAAAAAAAAGAAAUGCGGCCAGGAUUCAGCGGAAACAUCGGUGAUGCUGGUAGCCAGGCGGGAGGAACCUCUACGCCAAGGGAUCUACCGGCCGUUGAAAUUGGCCGUCGCAACAUACUUUGUUGCACACCAAGUUUCAGGCAAUAUACCGGAAGAAUACAAACAGAAUGCAGCAGCCAUUUGAUAUUAUUAAAAAAAAUUCAUCAAUAAAAGUUCAUUCAAUUUUAA